AACAGAGUUGUGACGCCCAAAUAUCUCAAGUUGCUCAACAGCACGGCUCUUGGUGCAGACAUCAGGCCUCCGGGCUAAAGUCCGCCAAGGGAGCGACCAACUGAAAUGGCGCCAUUCUGGCCGGAACUUUCUCGCCUACUAUAGGUACUCAUUAGGCUUCUAGUUGCUUCAAGUCCGAUUUUUGUACUUCAGCCACUGCAAAUCGCAAGAUAGCUGUUGGCGCAUGCGGUGGUCUGCAAGUUGCUACAAGAAUGGGUGUUGCGACGAGGAUGAGAAAUGCGGGAGGGAUCGCUACUACACAGCAACAGCAACAGCAACGACCACGACCAUCGGCAUCAGUUCAAGAGAUGGUGCAAAAUUCGAUGAUCAGACAAUCUUUUCCUCUGGUGGGACCGUUGUUCUUUCUUGUGUAUAUGCAUACCUCAUGGUUUUAUCGUCUGCUACCAUGCCCAGACAACGCCCAGGACGUGCCCAGAAUUCCAACGGCUUAAAUCCAAGAAGUCUCCCCCCGAGUGAGAUGAGAGCUGAUCUCCGCCGCGUGGAUAGUCCCCUGGCUAUCUGCGCUCUGAUCCUGCAACUCAACGGCAGGCCUCCACCUCGUUAUCUGAGCAUUCUCAAGGAGACAAUCUCUGCUGGGUCUCAUAAUCAGGCAAGUCGGCGAGGAAAGCGACAAACAGGGUCUUCGUAUUCGGUAGGGCAGUGCGGCUGGGAACUCUGCAUGUUGGUUGAAUUUGUUAUCCAAUUGAUUGGUCUAGAUCGAGCUGCAGGACGAAGAUCCCUGGGCGUCGGGAAGUGAGGACAGGCGAUCGUGCAGUCAAAUACCCAAACACACAUGGACAAGGCGCUCUGGCCCCAGUCAAGCACAGGAGCACUGCCCCCCGUGAGUGCUGAUCCUUUUUCAGCCAGGGGACGAAAAGUAGAGCGCGGAGCUCCUGACUGUCGAU